AUGCAGGAACUUAGCAGUUUCAUUGAAGAAAAACUAGAAAUGAUCAAACCAGGUUCUAGACCUCCUGGAGGGGUAAACCUCCCCAAGCCGGGCGAUAAGGAGGGACAGAUGAUCCUACCGGAUAAAGACAAGGCAGAUGGGAACUCUGAACCCGAAAAGCCAACUAAGGGCAAUAGCAAGGUCCCUUCAAAGGGAUCAGAUGAUUCGAAGGGCUCAAAAGACACCAAGACCUCCAAAGAUCCUAAGGACUCCAAGAAUCGAAAGGGCGAUAAGAGUCCUGUUCAAGUCCCUGCCCCCAAGAAGGAAGUCAAGGAGAAGAAGUAUAAUCUCUCAGGAUCAUCUGUUUCUUUGACUGCAGAAUCAUUCCUGAAACUUGUCACUACCACUCAAGAUCCAUGGUUUAUCAAGUUCUAUGCCCCUUGGUGUAGCCACUGCCAGGCACUUGCUCCUGUGUGGCAGCAAAUGGCUAAGGACAUGAAUGGGAAGCUAAACGUUGGCGAGGUUAAUUGUGAAGCGGAACGACGUCUAUGCAAAGAAGCACGAAUUUCCUCAUACCCGACAAUGCAUUUCUUCCGUGGAGGUGAGAAAGUCCAAUAUGAAGGCCUACGCGGGCUGGGUGACCUGGUUAAUUACGCCAACAAGGCAACCGAUGUAGUGGGCCUCGGUGUCCAAUACGUCGACGCAGAAGCUUUCAAGAAGAUGGAGGAAACUGAGGAGGUCAUCUUCCUCUAUUUCUUCGACCAUGCCACAACUUCUGAAGACUUUGCUGCUCUUGAUAGACUCACCCUCAGCUUAGUAGGACGUGCCCGACUAGUGAAGACUGAUAGCAAGGAGCUUGCUGAGCGAUUCAGAAUCUCUACAUGGCCCCGUCUCCUCGUGGCCAGGGAUGGAACCGCCAAAUAUUAUACCGCUUUGGCCCCAAGAGAUAUGAGAGACUUCCGCGCUGUUCUGUCUUGGAUGCAGAGUGUUUGGCUCCCUAUCGUGCCAGAAUUGACAGCUACCAAUGCCCGCGAUGUCAUGGAUGGUAAAUAUGUUGUUCUCGGAAUCCUCAACAGACAGCAUAACGAAGACUUCGUCCAAAACAAACGUGAGCUCAAGAACGCAGCAUUGGAAUGGAUGGAAAAACAGACCAAGCUAUUCCAGCUAGAGCGUCAGGAACUACGAGAUGCUAAAGACCUCCGGAUUGAAGAAGCCGAUGAUCGUAAUGACCAGCGCGCCCUGCGAGCUGCCAAGAGCAUGCGCAUCACAAUCCGUGAGGAUGAUAAGAAACAGGUCGGGUUCGCUUGGGUUGAUGGAAUUUUCUGGGACCGAUGGGUCAAAACUACCUUUGGCGUCGAUGUGAAGAACGGAGACAGAAUUAUUAUCCACGACGAAUCGAACCGUCGCUACUGGGACUCGUCUCCAAACGGUGUUGAUAUCAUGCCCAGCCGUACUUCUAUCCUCGAAACACUCACUCACAUUGCCGCUUCUUCUCCGAAGCUCAAGUCCAAGUCCACUGUUGGCUUCUUUGAGCACAUCUUUUUCACUACUCGUACCUUUGUCAGCUCACAUCCUUUCAUCACUCUUGCAUUGUGCAUUGUCACCAUUGCCAUCGCUUCUCUGUGGGCUAAGCGUCAAAUCCGCCGAACAAGAACCGUGACCGGAAAACUCGGAGGCUCUUCCAUGGGUUUCUUCCACCUAGAUGGAAAGGAGAAAGGGCUCUUUAGCUCCGUUGGGUCUGGUCCAAGUAACGGAAAAGUCGAUUAA